ACUCUUGCGGCUCCGCGCUGCGGCACCCAGAACUCAGGUCCUCCUCGGAGCUCGGCCGGGACCCCGCCUCUGUAAAGGAGCGGAAGGCGGAGGCCUCGAGACUGGCCUGGGGAAAGAAGGCGGGCGCGCGUGGGCGUGGGGAGCGCAGCGAUGUCCACCGGCUCGGUGAGCGACUCCGAGGACAUGGAGUUGCGGGAGCUGCAGGGGGGCUACCCGGUCCCUGCCUCCAAGAGGCCUCCCCUCCGGGGCGCCGAGCGCAGCUACAUCUCGCCCAGUGACAAUUCGUCGGCGGAGGAGGAAGACCCAGACGGCGAGGAGGAGCAGUGCGCCUUGGGCGCAGCGGGCGGCGCGGGCGGCUGCAAGAGAAAGCGGCCCCGCGCAGCUGGGGGCGGCGGCGGCAAGAAGCCCCUCCCGCCCAAGGGCUCGGCGGCCGAGUGCAAGCAGUCGCAGCGAAACGCGGCCAACGCCCGAGAGCGCGCCCGGAUGCGCGUGCUGAGCAAAGCCUUCUCCAGGCUGAAGACCAGCCUGCCCUGGGUGCCCCCCGACACCAAGCUUUCCAAGCUGGACACGCUCCGGCUGGCUUCCAGCUACAUUGCGCACCUGCGGCAGCUACUGCAGGAGGACCGCUACGAGAACGGCUACGUGCACCCGGUGAACCUGACGUGGCCGUUUGUGGUCUCGGGGCGACCCGACUCUGACACCAAAGAAGUUUCCGCUGCCGGCAGACUCUGUGGGACCACCGCUUAGAUCGAACCUGAACUCACUCGAUGGACUGCUGGUUGAGCGCCUGUGUUUGGGGGCCACGGAGAAAUGGGAGACUGAGUGAGAACCCCUGGAAAAUGGGAAGCAAGUUCCAUUGGAUUCUCCUAGACACCCCCACCCCGAACUUUAAACACGACAGGUGGCGGGAGUGGGGGCAAAGCCCGAGGGUCGGCGGCGUGGCUGUCGUCGCGGGGCGCCCCCGGCUACGGCCACCGCAGAUCUGGGCGACCACACUUCGUCUCUUCAGCAAGAGAAUGCUUUGGUGUCCGGAGCGGACCCAGAUCCAAUCCCGGGCUUUAGUAGUGGAGACUAACCUCCACGCUGCCUUCAGAGCCCCGAGCCGAACCGCCUCGGGUCAGUUUCCGAGCUGAGCCAAGAUACAGAUACAUUACUCGUGAUGACACGACCCUGCACAGCCAGGACCUUCAAGGCUAGGCGGGUUAGGACGCUCUCUCCGGGACAAUCUGCUUCAAAGACAAGAGUCUUCACGUGAGACCCUCAUCGGGCAGGUUUUGAAGUUGCAAAGAGAGGACAAUGAAUACCUGGGUGGGGUGUGCCAAAGGGCAGCGCCCUCCAAGGCGGACCUGGCGGGGCGGAGGCUCACUCCGCUGCUCCGGAAUUGGGGGUGGCGCUCAAGCUGAGACAGCCCGAGUCGGGUUUGCCCUAAGCUCUCC